GUGCGGUUCCGGGUCGUGGCACGGCUCGGGGUAACAGGGCUACUGUUGCCGGCCGGUGGCGGCGGGGAGCGGCGGGGUCAUGAGGGCGAGUCUGGGGCGCGGCAGCCGAGCCGGCCGGUAGAAGCGCCGGUCCUCGAGGACUCCGUGGGCGCAGGGUUCGGUGCAGGGGCCGGGAGGCGUAGGGAAGCCGGGGCCACCCUCAGGGACGUGUCCUGGGCGAGGCGGCCCGUAGUGUGGAAGCAGCUUCAGGUAGGUGAGCCCGUGAAACAGUAUGAAGAGGAGAAAAUAGCCUUAAGGAAACUGGCCCACAGGAAGGAUGGCCUUCUUGGACAAUCCAACUAUUAUUCUAGCCCAUAUUCGACAGUCCCAUGUGACCAGUGAUGACACGGGAAUGUGUGAGAUGGUUCUCAUUGAUCAUGACGUUGACCUAGAGAAGACCCAUCCUCCUUCAGUGCCUGGAGACAGUGGGUCAGAAGUUGAGGGAAGCAGUGCUGAGACUCAGGGCUACGUGUAUGCCCAGUCUGUCGAUAUUACCUCAAGCUGGGACUUUGGUAUUAGAAGACGCUCAAACACAGCUCAAAGAUUAGAACGACUCCGCAAAGAGAGACAAAACCAGAUCAAAUGCAAAAAUGUUCAGUGGAAAGAAAGAAACUCUAAGCAAUCAGCCCAGGAGUUAAAGUCACUGUUUGAAAAAAAAUCCCUCAAAGAGAAGCCUCCAAGUUCGGGCAAGCAGUCCAUAUUGUCUGUACGCCUGGAGCAGUGCCCUCUGCAGCUGAAUAACCCCUUUAAUGAGUACUCCAAGUUUGAUGGCAAGGGCCAUGUGGGUACAACUGCAACAAAGAAGAUCGAUGUCUACCUCCCCCUGCAUUCAAGCCAGGACAGACUGCUGCCAAUGACCGUGGUGACAAUGGCCAGUGCCAGGGUGCAAGACCUCAUUGGGCUCAUCUGUUGGCAGUAUACAAGUGAAGGACGGGAGCCAAAACUCAAUGACAACGUCAGCGCUUACUGCCUGCAUAUUGCUGAGGAUGAUGGCGAGGUAGACACAGAUUUCCCGCCGCUGGAUUCCAAUGAGCCCAUUCAUAAGUUUGGCUUCAGUACUUUGGCCUUGGUUGAAAAGUAUUCAUCUCCUGGCCUGACAUCCAAAGAAUCACUCUUUGUUCGAAUAAAUGCUGCUCAUGGAUUCUCCCUUAUCCAGGUGGACAACACAAAGGUCACCAUGAAGGAGAUCCUGCUAAAGGCAGUGAAGCGAAGAAAAGGAUCCCAGAAAAUUUCAGGACCUCAGUACCGCCUGGAGAAGCAGAGUGAGCCUAACAUCGCAGUGGACCUGGAGAGCACGCUGGAGAGCCAGAACGCCUGGGAGUUCUGCCUGGUCCGAGAGAACAGUUCAAGGGCAGACGGAGUUUUUGAGGAGGAUUCGCAAAUUGACAUCGCUACAGUACAGGAUAUGCUUAGCAGCCACCAUUACAAGUCAUUCAAAGUCAGCAUGAUCCACAGACUGCGGUUCACAACUGACGUGCAGUUAGGUAUCUCUGGAGACAAAGUAGAGAUAGACCCUGUUACAAAUCAGAAAGCCAGCACUAAGUUUUGGAUUAAGCAGAAGCCCAUCUCAAUCGAUUCUGACCUGCUCUGUGCCUGUGACCUUGCCGAGGAAAAGAGCCCUAGUCACGCAGUAUUUAAGCUCACGUAUUUAAGCAGUCAUGACUAUAAGCACCUCUACUUCGAGUCUGAUGCAGCCACAGUCAGUGAAAUCGUGCUCAAGGUCAACUACAUCCUGGAGUCACGAGCGAGCACUGCCCGGGCUGACUAUUUUGCUCAAAAACAAAGAAAACUGAACAGACGUACAAGCUUCAGCUUCCAGAAGGAGAAGAAAUCAGGGCAGCAGUGACACUGGCCUCCAGUCUGUUGCCACAGGCCAGCUUGUCUGCAGGGCCAGGUGCCCAGAGUCCACCUUCAUCCUGCAGUGCCUGAGCUCCCAGGCAUAGGGCUGCUGGGCUCUAGGGGGAGGUGGAGAGGUAGGGGGUGCCCUACUCUGGAGUCCGGGGACAUUGCCAUUGGCCUGAAACCUGGCAAUGGCUUUCAGUCGCAAUGCCCCGCAGCCAGACCACCUCCUGGAGGAGCCCCGCUGAGUUCACCGCCUGGCAGUGCCACCAAGGAUGUAUAUAGCCAUGCAGACGUCUCCUUGCAACUUGAUCACAUUUCUUAAAGCAAACAAGGAACACAAAUGUACGUUUCUGGUUUCCUUUUAAUAAACAGGUGUACUCUUUAUCAUGGUUGGUAUGAUGGACCAUUUUUGGGGGGCAGAGGAUUGACUAUAUUAUCUUCUUUAAAAUCUGUUCCUGUAUUGAACAGGCAGGUUCCAAAAGCUGUGGUUGGAGUUCUCAGAAGCAAUGUUUAGGGUUUAGCCAGUAGUUAACUAUGCCAUUUGUUUAAAUGAGUUCAUUUGCCUUGAGAAUAGCAUCUUACAGAAGUUAGGAACGAGGGCCGUGCGUGUGUGU